GUAACCACCAGCAACCAAGAUGGCGGCGGUGCUGCUGAGCGAGGCGGAGAAAGUGUAUGUGAUGCAUGGGGUGCAGGAUGAUCUGCGAAUUGAUGGUCGUGGAUGUGAAGAUUACAGACACAUUGAAAUCGAAACAGAUGUUGUAUCAAACACAAGCGGGUCUGCAAGAGUGAAAAUUGGUCAUACAGGUGUUCUGGUUGGAGUUAAAGCUGAAAUGGGAGCACCCAAGCUGGAGAGACCUAAAGAAGGCUUUUUGGAAUUUUUUGUGGACUGCUCCGCUAACGCAACUCCUGAGUUUGAAGGGCGUGGAGGAGAAGACCUUGGCACAGAAAUCGCAAACACCCUGUACAGAGUGUUUGAUAAUGGCAGCAGUUUGGAUUUGACAGCCUUGUGUAUUACUCCCAGGGAACACUGCUGGAUCCUCUUUGUGGAUGUACUGCUGCUGGAGUGUGGUGGCAACCUUUUUGAUGCAAUCUCCAUUGCAGUAAAAGCAGCACUUCACAAUACCAGAAUCCCAAAGGUCAGAGUUCUGGAAGAUGAAGAAGGUUCAAAGGAGAUUGAACUCUCAGAUGAUCCCUACGACUGUAUUCGCCUGAAUGUGGAAAGUGUGCCGUGCAUAAUCACACUAAGCAAAAUUGGUUACAGACAUGUGGUGGAUGCCACCUCCCAGGAGGAGGCUUGUUGUAUGGCCAGCUUGUUAGUCUCUGUCACUGGCAAAGGGACCAUCACUUGCUUCAGGAAAAUUGGAGGAGGCAGUUUGGAUCCAGCAAGCAUCUUUGAAAUGUUGGAGACAGGAAAACGAGUGGGAAAUGCUUUACAUGUAUCGUUACAAACCACUUUGGAAAAAGAAGAAAGUUUAGGAAAGAAACGUGAAAAGGUUGGAUUUCUGGGUUGAAUUUCAAAAUGUAAAUAUUUUUUAUAAUAAAAGAUUUGUUUAUU